UAUGGGGGUUAGAAACAUUACGGGAAAAAAAGAUUGAUUGCUACUAAACUCUUGCAGACUACGCGGGUCAACGCGGGUGUCCAGGAGUACUCGUACUGCACAAGCAAAUAAAUAAGUAGAUAUAAGUCGAGUAACUGUGAUGACAGAUUUAUUUGACAUUGCGAACCUAAUCACGGCCGUCGGCGUGGACGGCGUGAAGAUUAAACAGGAGCCCGGGCUUCCGGAGAAGUCGUCUAAUCAGAUUCUGACUGAGCUUUUUAGCACCUUUGACACACCUGAUGACAGUAUCGCGCUGCCGUUAAAUAGCGCCCAGGUAUGGAGUGACGACGUUGACAAGACUGCUAACAAUAAAUCGGAUGAACUUCAAACGAAGAAGAAGAUCAAAAAGAAAAAUAAAUACAAAGAGAAAAAACACAAGAAGAAGUCGAAACAUGAUUCCCCGGAUAAUAGUGAUGCAGAUGGUAGCAAAAGAAAGAAGAAACACAAGAAGAAAUCCAAGCGAAGACAUGAAUCUGUUUCUAGCAAGUCAUCGGACUUGGGUCAUAGUAAGACCAAAAUAGCAAAGAUGGAUAAUGAUAAUGAUUAUGGAGACACCAAAUAUGAUGAUGCAAAAUCACAUUUUGAGGUAUCAGACAAAAUUAGUAUGGAUGACAAGGAAAAACCAGAUAUUCAUGAUUUAAAGAAAGAUUCAGAUUCAACUGAUAAACUCUUAAAUAAUCUUGGUAGUCCUCAGUUACCACCUAUAUCAAAAAAGGAUGAUGAAUUUGAUGAACCAGUAAUACCUAAACUUCUUGAAAAAGCAAAGCAGCCUUCCCAAGGAAAAAUAUUGAUAAAAGAUCUGAAAAAUAGCACUGUUUAUAAUGAAACAGUAAAAGCGAUAGAAAAUAAACAAAAGGCGAAAGCUGCUGGAAUGGAAGAUGGUGAGCUGUCUGACAGCAGCAGUGAGGAUAACAAUACUAACAGAACACCUACUUUGAGUCCUACUCCACCUCGAAAUCGAUCAUCAUCAUUCAGCCCGAACAGAGAUAAAAUAAGAAAUAAAAUGUUCAGUCCAACAAAGGAAUUGGUCACCUCAAAGACUGAUCUUAGAUUAGUUUUGAAAGAGAGGGAAAGAAAAAGAAGCAAGAGAGAUAAGGAUAGUCAUUCACAAGACAGAAGAUCAAGAUCGCGAACGCGAUAUAACUCACGUAGCAGUAGAAGCGACAGAAGAGAAAAACAGAGGAGCAGGAGCAGAGAAAAGCGAGACUCUGACAGAAGUAGAGAAAAAUACAGAUACAGAAACCACAUUGAAAAUAAAGACAAAUAUACACGAGGUCGAAGUGUGAGCAGGGAGAGAAAGGAAAGAAUAGAGAUUAACAAGAAGAAACUUUUAGAAAUCGCAAGAAAAAAUGUUAUAAGUAUGAUUAAACAAGGAACUCUAUCAAUAGCUCAACAAGAUAAAGCUAUCGCUGCUAUACAAACCUGUGGGAAAACAGUGGACGAACUUACAGAUUUUUGUAAAUCGUUAUCUAAGUCUGAAGCAUUAGGCGAAUUAUCUAGUAUCUCUUCUGAAGGAGAAGAAAGUGAGUCUGAGAAGGGAUUUCAUCAUCCUUUUCUUUUAAAAGAAAGACCCAGUUCUAUUAUAAUGAAUAUUAAGGAUGCAAAACAGUUACCAACAAAAACGUUCCAAGAAAAAACAGCUGAAACGUCAAAUCAAUUGCGAUUGCAGUUUCCUGUCUCCAGUGGACAACAUCAUAGAAAAAGCGAAAACGAAUGGGUACCUGUUACGUCAAAGAAGCCAGAACCAAAAAAGAUAUUUGUACCAGCUAGUACAAAUGCACCGUUGGCUAUAACGCUACCACCUCCUGUGCAACCGGUGCAAACCGUUUUUCCAACAACAACGGAGACCGUGGAUAUUGGCUCCAUAGUAUCUGAGAGAUUAGCAGCUAUAAGAAAAUUAAGGGAAAAUCCAAAUGAUAUAAACGCUUUGAAUGCAAUGCAACGGGCACAAAAUGAGAUGAAAACUUGGGCUGAAAGUAAGCAGAUACCAGGUCAGUUUACUGGUAGUACAGGAGUUAAAGUACUUACACCUGCAGAAUUGUCUUCAGGUUAUCAAGCCUGGGCACGUAAGGACCAAUUAGUAUCGGCACAGCCUCUGUCAGGUGGGAUGGGUAUGGCAUUACUCCAGAAGAUGGGUUGGCGUCCUGGUGAGGGCCUAGGAAAGAAUAAAGAAGGGGCCUUGGAACCGUUGCAACUGGAGGUAAAAUUAGACAAGAAAGGACUAAUUUCCGAACAGGAUAUCAUUCAAAAAGUUAGCAAAACUGCAAAGCCUAUGGUGCCAAUUACCAAAACAUUGGAAGGCAAACAUCCGGUAUCACUUUUAGGGGAAUAUUGCACAAAAAAGAAACUCGGAAUACCAAUUUAUGAGUUAUGUUUUGAAUCUGGACCAGACCACAGGAAAAAUUUUCUCUUCAAAGUAAAAGUAAAUGGCAUUGAAUAUAAGCCGAGUGUUGCGAGUUCGAACAAAAAACAGGCAAAGGCAGAAGCAGCGCAAAUAUGUCUACAGAACUUAGGCUUGCUGCCUUCUUAAUCGCAUGCACUGAUAUAAGCUCGUGAAGAGCUUAUCAUGCUGUCUUAUGUAAUGGUACUCUUCAAUUUUUCACAGAAAAAUAAAAUGUGAUACAAAUGACCAAUUCAUGAAGAUGUG